UAAAUUCAAAUCGACAGGGUAUUCUAAGCAUUCUUGGGUGCAGCUGCAAAGGUUGAAAGCUAACCUGUAAAGAUGACAUCAGAAGGGAAUAAACCUGUUGGACCUGGUGAACCACUGACAGCAAGCUCUGGUGCAAAGCGUAAGCGUGGUCGCCCAAGGAAAUAUGAGUAUUCUACAUAUCAACAACCACAGAUGGCACAGCCCAUUCAGAGCAUUCCACCUCUUCGCAGCACUCUGUAUAACUCGAAUAUCCGCCAGGAUGGGGUGCAUAUGACCCAUACAUCAGGUGCUACUGCUGACACUAGAAUGCAUACAGUUUAUGUGCUUCCUGCACAGCCCAUCCAUGGUGAUAGCUCCACUCGACCUAGAGAUUCUGGUAAUAAUACAGUUAAGACUCAGGAAAAUCAAGCCUUCAGUUAUGGCACUGCUCAUGUGCAAGGUAAUUCAGGCAAGGAUGUUAUUCUUGGCAAGCAUUUUGUAGGCAAGAUGACCAAGCAAUCUCCUGGAUUUUCUCUUAUUACGGUUAAAGUGAAGGACAACCAUGUGCUCAGAGGUUGUAUCCCAGAUGCAUAUAACCUACUCCCAAUUACCCCGAAGGAUGAUCUUGCCCCUGAGCUCCCCAUGCUCCGGCUAAGUCAAGUUCAAAAGAAACCAUCUGCAAUCCACAGGCAAGCGCCUACUCCCUUGCCCGUCCGCUUGGAGGAUGUUACAAUUGCAAAACCUCUUCAGAUGAGGAGACCUGUGGAGAAAUCUAAUGCUAAGCACAUCAUCCCUCCCAUUCCAAGACCAUACAUUGGUUCUGGAGUUCUUGCAGCAACACCUAUCUCUGUUAAAUCUGGGAAUGCUGAAUCUGCGUGUCUAGAACCAUCAGUUACCGCGGUGCCAGUUAAAUCUGCUCAACCUGUUUUAAUAUCAUGCACGCAAGUGGAUAAUCAAAAUGUGCCAGUUGAAGAAAAUUCUCUCCCUGAGGUUAGCAGCGAUUAUGAAUCUUCAGAUGGAAGCGAUGAGUCAUCAGGCCAAAUUCAGAGCGUUGAUCCAGCUGCCCCUUAUCGGAUCGAGAUAACUUCAGGCUCCAAAGACCAGUCAAAUGCUGCUAGUAGCAAGCAACAUAUUUGUAAGGAACCAUCAGACAACGCCGAACAGUCUGAGCGACCAAAGACAGAGGCUAAUGUUCUGAAAGAAGUUCAUGGCUCAAUGACAGGAGCCUCAGAUGGCGUUCAAUCUGUGGAGGAGGACGAUGAAAUGAAGGUUGACAGCAAAUGAAAGCUGAGGUUGACAAUGGCAACAUAAAUCCUUUUGUUUGGCGCUUCUGGUUGAUGCGCUUAACAGCUAUUCCGAGCUAAUUCAUUUGCCUCAUGCUGUAGAAUGUUUCAGCCCAGCCUACAAAAAUCUCAAAACAACUGUAGUCUUUCUCUGAAUGGUCGAAUGUUAGAGCAGACUAGCAUCAUUGAGUUUUACUUUUCUUUUAUGACUAUAUUUCGGCGAAAGUUCGAAAGAGAUACAAAACCACAGGAAAGAGUAUAACUAGCGGUUAGUGCCUAUAGAAAUGAGAGAAUUGUAUUUUCUUUUUCUUACAUAUUUAGCUUUCUAGGAGAAUGAUAAACAUUUACAAGCGUCUUGAUGUGAAGUGGAUCCUACUGAAAUGUAGAUGUGCAUCAUUAGCAGCGGUUCUAUAAUUGAUCUAUUGAAAAACAUUUGCUUAA